CGCGCUUGGUCGUGCCCCUGCUCCCCCCGCGCAGGCAUCCACAGUGCGUCCGGCCGGCGCUUUAUAUAGUGGCAGCCUGGGCGGCUCCGCUCGCUGUUUUUCGCCUUCUCCGGGUCGAGGCUCGGCGUCGCGGUCGCGAAGAUGCAGCUCAAGCCGAUGGAGAUCAACCCCGAGAUGCUGAACAAAGUGAGUGGCGUGUCGCCGCGCUGUCCCCUCCCCGGGAGCGCCCAGGCGGGGACCGAGCUCCGGAGCUGUUUCUUACAUUCACAGCAUGAGAACUUCCGGAAAAAACAGAUUGAAGAGCUGAAGGGGCAAGAGGUGAGCCCUAAGGUGUACUUCAUGAAACAGACCCUUGGGAACUCGUGCGGCACCAUUGGCCUGAUACACGCGGUGGCCAACAACCAAGACAAGCUGGAGUUUGAGGAUGGAUCGGUCCUGAAACAGUUUCUUUCUGAGACAGAGAAGAUGUCCCCUGAAGACAGAGCAAAAUGCUUUGAAAAGAAUGAGGCCAUCCAGGCGACCCACGAUGCCGUGGCACAGGAGGGCCACUGUCGGGUAGAUGACAAAGUGAAUUUCCAUUUUAUUCUGUUUAACAACGUGGAUGGUCACCUCUAUGAGCUUGAUGGACGGAUGCCUUUUCCGGUGAACCACGGCGCCAGUUCAGAGGGCUCCCUGCUGCAGGAUGCCGCCAAGGUCUGCAGGGAGUUCACGGAGCGUGAGCAGGGAGAGGUCCGCUUCUCGGCCGUGGCCCUCUGCAAGGCAGCCUGAGACCCCAGGAGCCCGAGCCGCCUCGUCCCUCCCUCCGAUAUGACGUCACAGACUUCCCCACGCUGUCUAAAUGCUUUGGUCCUUGUGAAACACAGCUGUCCUCCUUGUGUCCUGCAGACACGCUGUCCCCUCUGCCGCACCCAAGCACGAGCAGCACGCAGCUGUCCGUGGGGCCAAGUUUGGUGUGAGCGUCUGAUGGCAAAGCAGUCACCCCCAUUGUAUGUCUCGUACCUUCAAAUCUCAUGCUUUAAGUGGCUACUUUGGUUUGUGUCUCUAAGUGAAGGCCUCAGAUGUGGUUGGUUUGUUUGUCCUCAAAAGGAAUAAAAACUUUUCUGCUGAUAAGAUAA